AAAGUUUAAAACAUAUUCUGCUAUUGACAGUAAUAACAGUAGAAAGAUUGGGACUGUGGGGACUUUAACAUAUUUUUCACUAUUUUCUGACAUUUUAUGGACAAAAUGAUUUACAAAAAACUCUACUGCAACACGUGACGAGGUCAGAGGUCAGAGGUCAGACACGUUGGGAACCACUGCUGUAAACAAUUGCAUGAAUGUGAUUCAUUAGAACAGUUAAAAACACAGUGACACGUUGCCCCACAUUUGAUACAAGACAUAGUAAACUAGACUGACAGGAAGUAUUUUGCGUGCUUGUUAUUGUUGCUGACUUCACUUCCGCCCCUAGUCAGUCAGCGCGCUAGCAGCUAGCAGCUAAACUAACCGGAGCGGGGCGGUGGAGGCUCGGUGAAGAUGUCCCGGUCUGGUCGGUACGGAGGAGAGACAAAGGUGUAUGUGGGGAACCUGGGGACGGGGGCGGGGAAAGGCGAGCUGGAGCGGGCGUUUGGGUACUACGGCCCCCUCAGGACGGUCUGGAUUGCCAGGAACCCACCAGGGUUCGCCUUCGUGGAGUUUGAAGAUCCACGAGACGCUGACGACGCCGUCCGAGGGUUAGACGGCAAGACGAUCUGUGGGAGUCGUGUGCGGGUGGAACUCUCUACGGGAAUGCCGCGGCGUUCUCGGUACGAGCGGCCGCCCGCCCGCCGGCCGUUCGACCCGGACGAUAAGUGUUACGAGUGCGGAGAAAAAGGUCACUACGCCUACGACUGUCACCGCUACAGCCGCCGGAGCCGGAGGAGCAGGUCCAGGUCUCGGUCCAGGUCUCGGGGGAGGCGUUACUCCCGCAGCAGGAGUCGCAGCCGGAGCCGAGGGAGGAGGUCCAGGUCCUCCCCCAGAAGGUCUCGCUCCGCCACGCCGAGGAGGUCCAGGUCCAGGUCCGGGUCCGGGUCCGGGUCUAGGUCUCGAGGUCGCAGCAGGUCUGGAUCGAUGGGUCGAUCUCGCUCUGGAUCUCCAGCUAGAAGUCGCUCGACGUCUCGGAGUCGCCGCCGCAGUGAAAGUUCAGACGGAGACGAAUGAAGAUUUUCUGUUUGUUUGUAAAAAUGUAGUUUUGUUUUUGAACAGAUUUAGUUGUUGAUGUGUUUGUUUUUCUAUCA